CCAGCUGAAAUUUACAAACUAAUGUUAGAGAAAGUCCUCCGUAUCCCCAAAUUUAUCGCUCAACAAAAUCAGAAUCUCCUUAUUUCUCUCUCUCUCUCCGCAUACACAAAUCCCACGAAUCACGAAUCUCAUUUUCCCUCUCUCUCUCUCUCCCUCCAUUUUUCUCACCAACCAAACACUCCCGAGAAAAUUCUCUUGGAUCCCUCUCUCUUCCGCCCCUCCCCCCCAUACCAUCAAAUUCAAAUCCUCUCUUCUGAAUGGGUCACGAAGCAAUCGCGGCAACGACGACGCUCGUCUUCACGUACGGAACUCUGAAGAGAGGAUUCUCCAACCAUGUCGUGAUGCAGGACCUGAUCCGAUCCGGCGACGCCUCCUUCAGAGGAGUCUACAGAACCCUAGACAAAUUCCCGCUCGUCUGCGGACCCUACCGCGUUCCGUUUCUCCUCAACUUCCCAGGAUCGGGCCACCGAGUCAUCGGAGAGCUCUACGCGGUCUCACCACGCGGUCUGGCUCGGCUCGACGAGCUCGAAGGGAUCACCCUCGGCCAUUACGUUCGACUCCCGAUCAGAUUGGAGAAGAAGGAUGAUCGGGAAGGAGAAGGGGAAGGGGAGGGAUCGGAGCGGUGUGUGGGUGAAGCGUAUUACGCGCACAAGAGCUACGAUGAGGAGAUGUGGAAGAGGAAUGGCCGUAGAUCGUUAGGCGCGUACACGGAGAAGGAGGCGCGUGGAUAUGUGAAGCGCGUGGAUCGGCCACAGCAUCUGAGCUUCUUGGACCACAUCCGUAUAUUCGUAUCUUCUCCUCCCUGACUGAGUUUUUUUUGUUCAUUUUCUUGGAAAAAUGUCAUUUUCUCGUGGGAGAAAAAACAAAGCUUGAAAGAGAAAAUCACGAGUUACGCGUAGUAAAGCUUCUUAGAUUUCGAAGACGUAUGACUUGCAACAUAGGAAAGAGAAAUAUAUUAUUAAAAAAUAGUUUAGUGUUAUUUCGCGUUAAGUAGUUAUGUUUGGAUUUGUUUUUUUUUUCCUAGUUAAUUUUUUUAUU